GCUCGGAGUGGUCCGACAGAGCCGAAGCUGCGGGUCAUUCAGCGGGACUGAUCAAUCAGCAGUAGCUCCUGAUGAUCGAUCACAGAUGGACCUUCCUGAGAGUUCUGAGGUUCCUCAGCUGGUUCUGGUGUUCAGUGGGAAGAGGAAGUCGGGGAAGGAUUUUGUGACGGACCGGAUUCAGCAGCGUUUGGGCUCUGAGGUCUGCUGCAUCCUGCGACUGUCGGGACCACUGAAGCAGCAGUAUGCUCAGGAACAUGGUCUGGAUCUGGACCAGCUGCUGGGUUCUGGUCCUUACAAGGAGCGUUACCGGGCUGACAUGAUCCACUGGGGAGAGACUCGGCGCCUCCAGGAUCCUGGAUUCUUCUGUCGCCUGGCAACCAGAGGGGCCCGGCAACCUGUGUGGGUGGUGAGUGAUGCUCGGCGGUUGUCAGAUCUGCAGUGGUUCCAGUCCAAGUUUCCCCGACAGACUCAGUGUGUGAGAGUCCAAAGUUCAGAAGAGACCAGGACACAGAGGGGGUGGAGCUUCACCGCAGGUGUGGAUGAUGCUGAGUCAGAGUGCGGGUUGGACAGCGGUGUACAGUUUGAUUGGAUCAUCACUAACGAUGGAGACGCUCCCUCGUUAGACGAACAGCUGCAGCCAGUCCUAAAGCUGGCAGAGGAAGCAUCAUCAUCCAUCAGUCGCAGCUGAUCAUCACUGAUUAAUAACUGCUGAUCAUUGAUACUCAGGAUCAGCUGAUCAAUUAUGAAAAACUCUUUCAGUCCUCUUUCAGGCUAAUCAAUAAAUAAGUAUUGCUUGAUCAAGUUGGUGAGUCAGACUCACCUGAGCAGGUGAAACAUCCAAAGCCAAGUAUCUAAAUCAAAUCUUUAUCGACAAACAUCAGAUCAGUUGUUCCUGACUCAAUAACCAGGUCACAUCUGUCAGAUCUGCAGGUGACUCGGGCUGAGCAUAUACAGAACAAAGUAAUCUCACUACUGAGCAGGUGUACAAGACUACAGCUCACUCAGAUGUAUCACUACAGGUCGACCAGCAGGUGGCACUGCUCUGAAUAAUGAAGCAGAAACAGACUCCGCCUCCAGACUGAACCAACUCACCUGGUGAAGGAUCAAAUAAAAAACAGAACCUGGAACAUGUUUCAUUAAGUGUUGUGGUUCAUACCAGCAGGUAAACUUCAGGUCGGUGUCUUCAUGUUGAACACCACAACAUCAUGAACUUUGGGUAAUUCCCUCAGAAAGUGUCCUUAGAACCAGAACCUUUAAAUAGUGUGUUUGCUGCCUUUGAGUGGCUAAUUCUGUUAAACCCUCUUGUUGUCGUCUUUUAUGGACACCAAAAAUGUUGUUUCCUUGUCUGAAAAAAUCUUCAAAUUUCUGAAAAUUUGGAAAAAAAGUUUCAUUAAAAACAUCCCCCAAAUUUGACAAGAAAUUUCUUGUAAAUAUUUUCCAAAAAAAUGACUAAAAAUCUUCCAAAAAAAAAAAAAAUCUAAAAAUAUCUAAUGUGAUUACAGGGUGGGGCAGCAAAAAUGUCCUGUCAGGUAAAAACAACUAUAAAUGUGUAUAACUUUUGUAUUCUUUGGAAUUUUGAACUGAUUUCUUGAAGAACACAAAUUUAAAGCUUUCAGAGCAUAUUGAUUCAAUAUGUCCUCCAUCAGCCAUGAUGGAGGCCUCGAUACAGCCUCUGAAAGAGGCACAGGCCCUCCUGAUAUCCUCCUUGGGGUAGGCCUCCCAUUCCCUGGAGAAUGCAGCCUUAAGUAAAUCCAUAUUGGCAUGAGGGGUGGCAUUAGUCCUCAACUCAAUGGUGCCCCAUCAGAAGAAAUCCAGGGGGUUUAGAUCAGGUGAGCUCGGGGUCCAAAUGCCUUUGGGCCAGAAGUUCGCCAUAUUCUACUCGCAGAACUUUUGGACCUUGAUUGAUGUGUGAGCAGGAGCCCCAUCUUGCUGCCACACAUAGUUGUUGUCAGGGUAGGUGGCCUUCAGCCGGGGCAAAACGGUGUAUCUCAGAACUUUGUAGGACACAUCAGCCCCAAUUUUCUGAUCUGGCUUGAAGAAGUAGAGUGGCAUCUUAUUGCCAUCUGAGCUCAAGACUCCCAGGACCAUCUGGAGUUCUCUUGGUGCCCAAACUGGAUUGUCUGGCAUGCUGGAUGCGGCGAAUGGUCCUCUCACUGAUGCCAGCAAUCUUGGCAAUGUCCUUCUGAGGGAUUUGGGCAUCCAGGAGAUCACAAACCCUAUUGCGUUUUGCUUGUUGCUUGCUCACUUCACAAUGCACCAAGGUCUGACAAAUAUUAAAAAGAUUGGUUAAAGGUAAGGAAAUUUGAUUUUAAUUAUUGUUUUUAUUACCCUCACCGUUUGGGCAGGACAUUCAAAUUUGUCAAUAGGAUAUUUUUGCUUCCCCACCCUGUACAUAUGUCUAAUAUUUUCUUCAAGAACAUUCACCAAAAAAAAAAAAAAAAAAAACUAAAUCCAGCAAAUUUCGCUGGAUUUUGGUUGAUUUUUUUGUGAAUGCUUUUAAAGAAACUUUUUCUUUCCACCAAAAAUGUUCAGUAAUUUCCCAAAAACGUGGACAUUGGAAGUUUCAUUGUGAAAAAUAUAUUUUUUCCCCACAGUUUCAAACUUUAAAAUGGGUCAAUUUGACCUUGGAAAACACGAGGGUUAACAGCAGUGAGUCCGUUUCACUGUUUAACACAAACUUCAUGUUCGGAAAUGUUUUAAUAAAAUCACCUGUAAAAAUAAACAUCCACAGAUCAAUAAAACCUCAGUUUGUGUUUGGGUCUAUA